AUGGUGAUAUGGGGAGGAUUUCUUGGUCUGAGCUCCCUGUGCCCAUACAGUCCCGUGAUCGCCAAUCUGUUCCCUACAUUCAACGUGUGCAUCAUCGUCCUCCUAGUGAAGGCAUUCCGUCUCCGAACCCUCGAGAUCUUCAGCUUCUGCAUUAAAAUCAAGGCGAAGGAAACUUUUCACUCCGCUUACUCGAUCACUUCCAUCAAUCCAUUUGUGGUCGACAAAGGAAAUGCUCCGCAA